AUGCAAAUAUUUUUAUUUAUAACAUCAGUAAUUGCAAUUAAGAUACUACCGUAUUAUAAGGAGUUUGAGAGCCCAUUAAAUUUGACUGAACUACCUCAUGUUGUCAAUUCAUACAAUGAGAUAUUGCAGACUGAUAUUUCAAAAGAGAGUGUAAUCUUCGUAGAGUCUACUAAUACAACCAUUGUUAAAGAAUCAAAUAAGUUUAAUGAGAUUAGUUACAAAGAUUCUAUGAUCUUAGUAGAAGAGAUUAGAAAACCGUUAGGUAAAUGUGUUACUAAUCAUUCUGAUAAUAUAGCUACUUAUAAACAAGGUUGGACUAUUGAAAUUGAUUUUGGUGUUAGUUUCAGAUUGGAUGCUGGUAAUAUAUUAGCGGAAUUUGGACCAAGUUUCAAAACAAAUUACGUUGUAGGUAAAGGUAUCAGUGGUAAUGUUUUAUGUGAUGUACCACCAGGUCAAACAUUACAAUUUGUCAUAAUGUAUCAAUAUUACGAAAUUUCAGGCGUAAGACAAAGAGAAGUAAAAAUCAAGAGGCGAUUAAAGUUUCUCAGAUGGAGAACAAUAGAUAGGUUCUUUCAAGUCAAUAGUAAAUCUGUUCAAAUUGCAUGUAUCACAAAUCCAGAAAUAUUAGAUUGCUAA